AUGGUUAAAAACGAAUCCCACCUGGACGCUUUGACACUGUCAAUGCUCCAGAAUAAAACAGUCUCCAUCACCCUCCCAAUUGUGUAUACAGUGGUGGCUCUGGUCAGCAUCCCUGGAAACUUGUUCUCCCUUUGGGUGCUCUGUUGGCACAUCAAACCCAAAACACCUUCUGUUAUCUUCAUGAUCAACUUAAGCAUCACAGACCUUAUGCUGGCCAGCUGUUUCCCCUUCCAGAUUUCUUAUCACCUCCAAAGCAAUCACUGGAGAUUUGGCAAGACUCUUUGCAGCCUUGUGACAGUGAUGUUCUAUUCCAACAUGUAUUCUUCCAUACUGACCAUGACUUUUAUCAGCAUGGAGCGGUACAUGGGUGUGGUACACCCCUUGAAGUUGAGCAAGUGGAGAAGAAAAAGAUAUGCCUUGGCUGCUUGCCUAGCUAUGUGGUUUUCCUUGCUACUAGCUUUCUACCCACUAGAAACUACAGACCUGACCUAUGAAGUGAAAGAAUUAGGGAUUAUAACCUGUUUUGAUGUCCUGAAAUGGGAUAUGCUGCCCACCUUUGGAGCUUGGGUAGCCUUUCUCCUCACUUUAUUUGUUGUGCUGUUCCUUAUCCCUUUUGUUGUAACAGUUGGAUGCUACAUUGGUAUCAUUAGGAAGCUAAUUCAGACAUCAAGCAGAUAUGGUAAUAAGCAAAAGACUAGAUCCAUAUACCUGGCGACAAUUGUCCUUCUGUCCUUCAUCACUUGCUUCGCCCCCAAUAACUUUAUCCUAUUUGCACAUAUGAUCAGCCGCCUAUUUUACAGCAGCAGUUUGUACCCUGCCUACAAGCUCACCUUGUGCCUCAGUUGCUUCAACAACUGCAUAGAUCCCUUCAUUUAUUAUUUUGCAUCGAAGGAAUUUUACCAGAAAUUCAUGCAAUUGUUUCGCCCUAAGGUACUGCUCAGUGACAGCUUGGAAAACAGGAGAGAAAGUUUAUUCUCUGGCAGGACCAUGUCAGCCAGAUCGAUGUCAAGUGGACCUAUGGAUGGGUUAGAGGGAGUAAAGGUCAAUUUGCAAAGGCAGGAAAGUGUUUUUUAG